AUUUCGUUUUAUUUCAAAAAAAGGAGAGGACCAAAUCAAGCACACUGGCAAACCCUAACCAAAGCCAAAAUCCAAUCGAAGGGGGAAAAGAGCGAUGGAGUGCGGCGGCGCCCAAGAGGCCGUGUCGUCGAUGGCUCUGAGGAGCGGAAGGAUCUUGGGCGACGAGAAACCAAUUGGAGAAAAGAGAAGAGGGAUUCUGAGGAGCAGAAUGUCCCUGGACCGCGACAAUCCAAACGAAGAGAAGAGAAUUGGGAUUGAGAGAGGCGGCGCACAAGCGAUUGACUCGUCGACGGCUCCCCGGAGCAGAGUAGCCUUGGGCGCCGACGGGUUUCCCCUCGACGGCGUCACCCGUGGUGAACUGCUUGGCAACUUGAAGCAUGCCGAUGGAUCCAUCUACACAAGCAACAGCUAUUGGGCUAAAGUUUAUCGUCUCUACGAUACCAGCGAGACUUGCCUGGAGUCAAUGAUGACGACGGUGCCUUAUGACAGUUGCAUGCCUAACUGGAGGGUUUGUAAAAGGCAUGCAUAUCGCACCAUGAUGCAGAUAUUCUCGCUGAAGCUAGCUUACACUUCUUCAUAUGUUAGUGGCCCAGUUCAGUUGUAUGGAUACGUGGCUGUCAGAGAUCUCUUGAACCCCAUGCGAAAUUACGUCUUCAACCGUACAAGAAAUGAUCCUUUGGUGGUCGAGCAUGAUGGCUUUAUACAAAUGUCUGGCCCCAAGAGAGGCAUCAGAAUGCAAGCUCCCGUGCUGAUAGAGUUCGAUCUGAAGAUUAAGACAGAAGGAGAAGAAGAAGGUGAUGAUCAACAGGUCAUUGAUGGUGUUGCCAUAUUCGGCGACAGAAUCUCAGGGCAUGCCAGGGUAAACACGCAGCGAAUGGAUGGUGAUGGUGGCUCAGUGGACAUAAAGUUUGCAGUUCUGGAACGUGCCUCGGAGGCCACUGUACAGGUUGGGAUAUCAGAAAUUGAGAAGGGCAGUUGCUUAAGCUUGUGUUUGGCAGGAUCUUACACUAGCCCAUCUUAUGUUUCACAUGGGAAAAUCCAGCUGUUUGAUGGGGUUAUCACUGCGGAGGCAUCUGAGCUAAGCAGGACUGUGGUUGCUGUGGCGCGAGAUAGUAAGCUGGUUGUAAAAUUGAAGCUUAGUCAGAAGGGUGGGUUGGACAUCCAUCGAUGCACUAUCUUCCCGGUUGAAAAGCAUGGAAGUCAGUCCUUCAUUUUCAAUCUUGGUGUGGCCACUGUGGAGGUGAUGGUAACUUGGUCAACAAUGGAUAUUCCCCAAAGUCUUCUUGGGCCUAAUUGCUUUGCGCAUGAGUUCAUGGCAUCUGAGGGCGUUGAGUAUGUCGAUGAAUAAUUGCAGUGGUAAGAUAAAUGGCAGUCCUAACCCACUUUCUGAUGUCUAAUAUCAUAAUGUCAAUCUGGACUGUGUACUUGAUGACAUAUUUGGAUUCUCUGAAACCUACCUGUGUGUACGUGAAAUAACACUAUUUUGUGGUGUCAUAAAAAAUGUUGUCUGUAAUGGGAUUUCCGUGCAA